CGUGCAAAGAAGUGCACAACAUAGGUGCAGUACAACGGUACUUUCAAGGAUGGUGAAUUCCAUGGGACAGGGGUGCUGAGUUACCCUAUGGGUCAGCAGAUCAUUGGUGAAUGGCUCGAAGGAAAGUUGCUCUCCUGGAAGUACAAGUUCCGAGAUGGGCUGGAGUUCGAGCAGCCGUGGAAGUACUGCAAAUACCCGGACCGAAGAUUCUAUACGACUCUUCUGGAAGGUCUGCGACCCGCAGGUCGCGAACUCAUCACCAACGACGUCGUGCCCAGACCGAUCCCGAAGGGUUGCUACGAUGUCGGAGAAGGUUUCUACAGUCCUCAGCACAAGUGCAUCAUCAGCGCAUACGACGAGAACAAAAUAAUUCGAAUACCAAAUGAGGAGGAGGAAAAUUGGAUCAUAAAGAAUUGCAGGAAGGCCUGGGACGAGCCAACUGGAUUCCGGCCAGAUUUAUACAAUCAUUGGACAACAGGAAGGAAAGCGAGCGUCGAGUCGAUCCUGGCGAAGGAUGAGAGCCGUCGCAAACGCAGCACCACGGCAAGUAACUACAGCAGAAUGUCCGAAGUCGGCGAGUAAAACUUUACUUUUUCAAUCUACAUUUUUUACUUUUAGUUAUACUAAUUUACAUACAGAGU